AUGGAAAUCCAUUCUCAUGUAGACCCACCACAGUAUGGGAACAAUUCUAAGCAAGGUUACCUGAAAGAAGAACUGAAAAGAUUACAGCAUACCUUGGAGCAAGUUAGCGAUGGAAAAUAUUUACUUGAAAACCACCAGCUUUCUAUGGAUGUGGAAAAUAAUAUUGAGAAAUAUCACAUUAAUUUACAGCCCCUGGAAUCAAAAGUGAAAGUCAUUCAGAGAGCCUGGCGUGAAUAUCUACAGCGUCAAGAUGUACAGAACCAGGACCAGCUGGAGAAGCGCAGCCCGUCACCCCCUUCCUUGUCGUCUGACAAAAUGAGCAGUUCUAUCAGUAUGAACACCUUGUCGGAUGGCAGCACUCCUGUAAGUCAGGUUUCCACUUUUGAAGUUACCUUUUGUGGCAAACAUCCAUGCCAGAAAUCUUGGUAUGUUUCAAGGUUUGGUCCUCAUGAUGCGUUAGCCACUGAGUAA